UGAGGGGACAGCCGUGAGAGGCGCCGCCAUCGCCCCUCGGCCUCCGCUCCCCUCCUCGUGAGAAGUGUCUCUUGAACGUGUUUUGUGUCUCUUGAACCGAGGGACGCCUGUGGACAGGCAUUGUGAAUUAAUGGUGACUCACGAAGAGCCAGACCUCCUACCCACAUGUCUUGAAGAAAAACAUUCAUUAGGUGAAUCCAGCACAUCCUGUAAAGAAGAACUUAAAACUAAUGACAUGGAUAUGUCUGAAGUUUCUGAAGGCAUGACAAAAGCUGACAUCAAACCAAAAUCUAUGCAUCGUGCCAAAAUAUGGUCAGAUAAUGUAGAGAACUUAUACAGAUUUCAGCAAGCUGGAUACAGAGAUGAGGUGGAAUAUAAACAAGUGAAACAAGUUGAUGAGGUAGAGUGCUGGCCAGAAACUGGAUUUGUUAAGAAACUUCAGAGAAGGGACAAUACAUUCUAUUAUUACAAUAGGCAAAGAGAAUGUGAAGACAAAGAUGUCCAUAAAGUGAAAGUUUAUGUGUAUUAGUAUUGUUACUGUUCUAGUUGGUUUGUUUUCAUAUAUUGUUUCUUAAGACCUGUAAGUAAAUGAAUUGUGUAGUCUGGCUUACCUUAAGUAUCCAUGUCAUUCUUAGAUAGAAAAGGAACUGCUGAAGAAACCUGAGCUGUAGACACAGAAACUUCACUUUUUCCUUCCUACAACCACAAGUCUUAUUAUUCCUCAUUUUCCUGGUUACAAAUGCUUCGACAUAAAGCUGAAAAGCUGGUAAAUGGACAUCAUACAUUUCAGUUAAAUACAUAACAUCCAUUGUAAAUACAGGCAUCAAUCUUUAUUCCAAACAAUAUAAUCUUGUUGACACUGGUUAAUGUCAGCCACAGUCUCUUGGUGUAGCUAAGGGUUAUGAGACUCCAAAGGGCCAAAGUGAGGCCAGAGCACUGACUAACGUUUCCUUGGAGCAGAGUAAGAAAAACAAGCAAAGAAUUUAAGUGAAGGACGCUGAACAAUCAAGUAACAACGGCAAGUGCUGAGCUACAGAUAUAAGGAUAGGUUAUUGUGGUAGAAAGAGUCACAACAGAAAUGUCUUUCUGUCUAUCCCCAAAGUAUUUUUGACAGGCGCCCAUGUUAAUUACUCAAAGAGGAAAUAUUAAUUGACUUAGUAGCAUAUGCCUUUUUGCAGGGGUGGACUGUGGAUUCACAGAUGUU